GAGGCGUUUCUCCGCAAAUGCAGCGGAUCCGGGUGGCCCUGCUGUCAGGUGUCCAGACGGCCCAAGCCCCGGGCCUUGCCCUUGCCAUGGCCGAACGGCGUGGGGGUCUGGGGGCCCGCCUGGUCCGCCUCUUGGCCGGACUAGGGGUCCGGAGGGAGCGGAGGGGGAAGGAGACCUCGGAGGAGGCCACAUCCGGGGAUAGGCCUUGGAGUGGCCAGAGCUGCCCUGACCUGGCUCAGGGCCAAGGCAGCACCAGCAAUGUCAGCCUCAAGGCUCGAGCCCAGAGCGCCUCAGAAGGGGACCUCCGCGCAAGCAGCCAUGGUGGUUUCUGGAUUUGGAAGCGACAGCGCAUCUCAGGGGGGCCCGCUCAGCCCCUGGGGCGCCUACAGAGGCCAGCUGUGGGCAGCGCCUCUGACCUGGCCAGCCAUGCCUCCGUGGGGCCCGAGAGCCUGGCACUGGCUGUGGCCUCAGCAGAGCCUGCUGGUACCAGGCACCCCCCAUUCCCGGGGCCCACUCCUGGACAUUGGGAACAGGGAUCCCCAGGCUGUGCCCGUCAGCAACCCCCAGACACAGCUCCAGCGGUCCCUCUGAGGCCUGAGCCACCCGGCAACCUGGAAGACGCACCCAUGCUGCCCCGCCCAGCCUCCUUCUCCACGGCAGAGGGGGCAAAGGGCAAGCCUGGCACCCCAGGGCCAGCCCCACGGGAGCCAGCUCAGACCCUACACACACGUCCCUCUGCCAGGAGGACCCGCUACUGCAUCACUGUCACCCUGCAGGGGCUCGCGCAGGCACCUGGGGAGGAGGGUGAGGAACCGGCCCAACCAGCUCCACACCCCUGCGGCCCUGAGGAAUCCAGGGGCUGGCGGGAGCCUCCCCAGGGGCCACGCCCCAUCACGGGGUGUCCGACCGCCCAGCCCUGGGAGCCCCGGCUGAGAGCCCGACGGCAUCGGGGCAGCGCGGCCCAGCGGCAGGAGCUCCGGGCCAGCCGGACACCUGGGUCUCUACGCAGACGGCUACCUCCUGAAACCCCUGCUGCUCUCCCCUGCCCUCCCAGGGAAAGGGAAAGCCUGUCCAGAGAUGAUGGGCAGGCGCAGGCCUCAGCUUCACCCUUGGAAGGACCCUGGCAUAGGAGAUCACCCGAGAGUGGGCGGGGGCUGGAUGAAAGGCUCCUGGCCAUUUUACAGAUAAGAAAACAAUGA